UUUUCAAAGUUAUAAAGUCAAAUUAUUCCACAUUACUAAUAUGUACAGAACAGCUAACUUGAAAUUGUUUGAGAGAAAAGAGUGAUGGAAAUGGAGAAGAGAUUGUAUGAAGCUGCUCUUGAAGGAAGUGUGUCAAACUUGAAAGCCUUAAUACAAGAAGACCCUUUAAUUCUUGAUAGAAUUUCCCCAACUUUUUUUCAAGAUACACCUUUACACGUUGCAACCUUACGCGGGCACUUUGAGUUUGCACGUGCCGUACUCGGUCGCAACCCCCGGCUCGCCACCGAGGCUGACUCGCUCGGCCACUUGCCCCUCCAUGUUGCUUCCACUAAGGGGCACUUGGAGAUCGUCCAAGAACUGACACGUGUCAUUCCAAGUUCGUGUCUGGCUCGUAGCAAGGAUGGGAAGUUGCCCCUUCACUUGGCAAUAAUGAAAGGGGUCCGAGUUGAAGUGGUGAGCGUGUUGGCUCAAGCGUGUCUUGAGUCGACUCGGUCGAGAUUGGAUAGAGGAGAUACAGCUUUGCACUUGUGUGUCAAGUAUGAAAACUUGGAUGCUUUUCAAGUGAUAUUGGAGGAGCUCAUGAAGGGUGAAAUAAUUGAUGGUAACAACUUGUUGAAUGCAAAAAAUGAUGAUGGUAAUACAGUCUUGCAUUUGGCUGCUCUACAAAAACAUUUUGAGAUGAUGAAACACUUGCUAGCAACACCGGGAAUUGAACCAAAUGCAAUGAACAACAAUGGUCUAACAUCCUUAGAUUUGGUAGAAAAUUCUCCUAGAGACUUGAGAGGACUUGAGCUGCUUAACUUCCUUCUACGAUCUAACGCUAUGCAACGAUCAACCAACCUUCAUUCUUCUCUUACACCAAUAGAAACCCAACCAUUAACAUCACAUUCUGGGCCAUUUAGGCCCAAGAAGUCAUGGAAAAUAUUUUUCACCUUUAAUGGUAAUAACCAAUUGGAAGAUAUGAAAGGUGAAAUAAUAAUUAUCGCGGCUAUAAUAGCCGCGACAAAUGCAUUGCCCAUGAUCUACAUGAGGGUAAAUGGGCCGGAUUUAACCGAACAAUACUCAACCAACUCGGCUUCAUUUGUGCCUGCUGUUACGAUAAUGUCGUUACUAAUAGCCGGUUUUCCCUUAAGCAACAAGCUUUGUGCUUGGGUUGUGAUACAAAGUUUGUACACUUCUAUGGGAUUUUUGGGUUUGGAUUACCUUGGAGCAAUAGUAUCCAACGAAGGUCGAUACUCAUCCGUGAAUUUCGUGUUUGUUUUCGUGUCGAUUUGGUUUGGGUUGCUUAUGUUAGUAAGUGCACUUAAUAUCAUUCGUUUGGUUGUGUGGAUAGUAACGAGCAUCAAAAUGUGCAUGAAGCGUAGGAGGUUGAGAGGUAGAAGAGAUAAUGGUUUGACAAAUCCUUAAUGAAAGAGUCAACAAACUCAAGUUUCUUGUUUUUUUUCGGUUAUUUCAUGAAAUGACCUUAAUGUACUUGGUGCAUUUUAAAAAUAUAAGGAUAUUUCGUGAAACCUUGAAAUCAUUUCAUGUAAUAAAUAAAUUACCCUUUUUCCCCUCUUGAUGUAACACUUCUCAAAGUUUCCUUAAUUUGUUUGUAAUAACAUAGUUUGUGGAACGAUUUGAAUCUCCUCUCAAAAAUUAUGUAAAGAAACCUAAGGUGGAUUUAGCCGGUGGUAUAAAAGUACUGUUUU